UUAGGAGGAGUUCUGUGUAAUUCCUGGCUGUAGCGUAGGUUUUUGAGCUGGGGCGGGUACUUGGGAUGAUUUGACAGCGACUUGACUGCUAAUUCCACGAUGGCUUCGAUGAACAGAAAUCAACCGAAACUCCAAGGUUUUGUUUUUACAGAAAAACUCGGCUGCGGAUCGUAUGCAACGGUGUACAAAGCGUACAGAAAAGGUCAGCAGCGUGAGGUGGUUGCUGUGAAGUGUGUACUGAAGAGCAGUCUCAGCAAGAAGUCAGUUGAGAACCUUCUCACCGAGAUAGAGAUCAUGAAACGAAUCCAUCAUGAGCACAUUGUGGAACUCAAAGAUUUUCAGUGGGACGACACCUACAUAUACCUGAUCAUGGAGUACUGCAGUGGUGGUGACUUGUCUAGUUUCAUCCGAACCAAACAAGCCUUACCAGAGCGGACCGUUAGAGUGUUCCUCCGACAGCUUGCUAGUGCACUUCUAUGUCUGCAAUCCCAGAAUAUCACACAUAUGGAUUUGAAACCACAGAACCUACUCCUGUCAAACACUUAUGAUCCUGUACUCCGAUUAGCAGAUUUUGGUUUUGCGUCCUACAUGACAGAGGAUGUGUUUGCUGACACGUUACGAGGCUCUCCACUAUACAUGGCUCCAGAGAUUAUCUGCGAGCGUAAAUAUCACGCUAAAGUUGACCUGUGGUCAGUAGGAGUCAUCAUGUUCGAGUGCCUUUUUGGACGCGCUCCAUUUGCUUCAAGGACCUUCACUGAGUUAGCGGAGAAGAUUAGAAGUUCAAGGCCCAUUCAGAUUCCAGACUCGGUGCACAUAUCGGACAGUUGUCGAGACCUCCUUGUAAGACUUCUUCAGAGAGACCCAGAGGAGAGAAUCAACUUCAGUGAUUUCUUCGCUCAUCCCUUCAUCGAUCUAGAACAUAUUCCUAGUGCGGAUUCACUCAAUAAAGCUAAAUCUAUUAUAAUGAAAGCGAUUGAGAAGGACACAGCAGGAGAUUUCAAAUCAGCAGUUCAACUCUACUGUGAGUCUGUCCAGUUCUUCAUACCAGCUAUACACUAUGAAAAGGAUCAAAAGAGGAAAGAUGCUCUGAGAGCCAAGGUCCAGGAAUAUUUGACGAGAGCUGAGGAACUGAAAGUUUUACUAAAGCCCGAGUCCCAUUCAACUCCUUCAGCAACUCCAUCCACAUCUCAAGUUAACCAGCCUCAAACAUUACCCGAUGUCUUCCUACUAGAACAACUGGCUGCUGGUCACCAUAACUUACAACUCGCUCUAAAUGUUGCACAUGAGGCAGAGUUAAAGGAUGCAAAAGAAAAUUAUGAGUCGGCAUUGAAACUCUACCAAGAUACGUUAGAACAACUCAUUCCAAUUCUCCAGAGUGAGCCACGAGGGCGCCGUAGGGAGGUGAUGAACAACGAGGUGCAAAGAUACAUGGGAAGGGCCGAGACUAUUAAGCAGUUUUUGGAAAUCAAAAGAAUACCUCUCAAGCAAGAAUCCAUCAAUGAGGCGCUCACAGGCGAAGCACGAAAAACCGGUUACAAAGCGCCUACAGAAGAUGCUUCAAAAAGUCCAACCCUCAAGACGUUCCAGUGUGUAGUCAAAUAG